AAAAGCUCACCAUGACAGAGCAAAAGGCAUAUCUGAAUGAAAAGGAUUUCCAACAAGGUAGUCUUGCCGCUCUCGACGAGGAAAUGGGUCACAAUGCCUUCAUCGUUGCGUUCGCACCUAUCCGUAUCAUUGCCGCAGGCGGGUUCCUUGCGGUGUCUUAUCCGUGAAAGCAGUGGUGAUCUCGACUAUAUGAUCGAUCCGGAAUUUGCGGAAGAUCAGCAUAUUCAAACUCCCCUCAAAAGGGCUAUCUACUCAGUUGCGGUUAAACUUCAUUACAACGAUAAAUGGGCCAGCGAAGAUAUCGCUAUUUUUGUGACCAAAAAAAGCUCGACAUACUUUUUGUUUGAACAAGCCGAGAAACAGGGCAUCACGCUCUUCAAAGGAGAAAACCGAGAAGUUCUACUUAGCCGCUCCUCUCGAAUGGGCUCUCGAGCGCAAAUUACGAAGAAUUCAUGCCGCAGAUCGCGGCCGAAAGGCAGAAUAUGAUAUGGUAGACGCGAUUGCCCUUCUGAAGGAGCUGAGAGUACGUAAUAAGGGGCCUCUCGAUGAAGAAUCGAUUCGGACAAUGAAUAUGAACGGAUUCGAUGUCCUUCCAGAUCACGAGACGAUGC